AUUAGUCAUUUUAUAAUUGAUAAUUUCUUCAUUACUUGUAGGGGUCAAAUAAUUAAAUCAAAAUUAAAAAUUAUUGUUUAUCUUGACUUCGAGAUUGUCAACUUAAUAUGAUUGUGAAUUUUAAUAGAUAGAAUAACUUUGAAUUAAACAUGGCCAACGUUUAUCUAGCGAAUACGUUACUGAGAUCUGUAAAAAGAAGUAAUUAUAUAAAUUUUGCUGGAAUUGUAUCUAGGAAUCUUUGUAACAAACAUAGUGAUCUGCAGAAACUAAUUGUUGAAGAACAAAACCAGUGGAAAUAUAGGAAACAUCUUGCUUUUGCAUUAUUCAGUUCAGUACUGAUUGGGUCAGCUGUUACAGAACAAUUUAAUAAUAAGAAGAAAUUGAACAAUCAUGAGAAUGAACAAACAGAUGUUGUAGCAGGUGAGAAACGACCAGACCUGCCAGUGUACAGAGCUGAAGAAGUCAGUAAACAUGAUAACAAAAAGAGUUUCUGGGUAACAUACAGACAUGGAGUGUAUGAUGUGACUAAAUUCCUACCAUCGCACCCUGGUGGCGACCAAAUCCUAAAUGCAGCUGGUCUGAGUAUAGAGCCCUUUUGGAAUGUAUACGGUAUGCAUAAAACACGGGAAAUUUAUCAACUCCUUGAGCAAUAUAGAAUAGGCAAUCUGCAUGACGAUGAUAUUGUCGACCACACAGACGAAGAGCUCUGGGUCAGAGAGCCGUACAGAGACGAGCGGCUGAUCGUAAAAACAGCGCGGCCGUUUAAUGCGGAAAUACCACCGAAGCUCCAAAUCGAACAUUUCGAUACACCAAAUGAGUUGUUCUACGUGCGCCAACAUAUGCCAGUGCCACAAUUGGACGCCUCCAAGCAUCGCCUGCGUGUGGUGGUACGAGGGGGCACCAGUAGGACGAAAACCUUCGAGUUCUCUCUUCGAGACUUACACCGGUUUCCAACCACUAGUCUUCGCGCCGCACUCAUGUGCGCCGGCAACAGGCGGAGCGAGAUGGACAAACAGGUGAAACCGGUGAAGGGUAUAAGCUGGGCGGGCGGCGCCAUCAGCAACGCGCUGUGGACGGGCGUCGCGCUCCGCGAUGUACUGCUGCACUGCGGGGUCGACGACCGCAACCACGACGGGAAACAUGUCGUGUUCACAGGUUCUGACAUCGACGCGACCGGAGUGAACUUCAGCACGUCGAUACCCCUGCACAUGGCUAUGGACCCUCGAAGCCGCGUGCUGCUUGCCACUCAUAUGAACGGUCAACCGCUGCCGCCGGAUCAUGGGUACCCCCUCAGGGUCGUGGUGCCCGGAGCGCCCGCCGUCCGCAGUGUCAAGUGGCUCGAGUCGAUAACAAUAUCGGAGGAUGAGAGCCAGUCGCACUGGCAUCAGAAGGACUACCGCUCGUUCAACCCGUCCAAGACGUGGGAGACGGCGGACUUCAGUAGCGCGCCGCCCGUGUACAGCCUGCCCGUCACGUCCGUGGUGUGCGACCCGCAAGAUGGCGACACUGUCGCCGUUAAGGACGGCUGCAUCGAGGUCAGGGGAUAUGCGUAUUCUGGCGGCGGCGCCAAGAUCCUGCGGGUAGACGUGAGUAUCAAUGGAGGGUCGCAGUGGACGGAAGCCCAGCUGACCAGCGACAGCGCGGCGCCGCGCGACCACUACGCCUGGACGCUGUGGAGCGCGCGACUGCUCGUGCCCCAGAAUGCUAAGCAGGUGGAGAUACGAGUGAAGGCCACAGACAGCAACUUCAACACGCAGCCUGAGAAGUUUGAAGACAUAUGGAAUAUACGCGGUAUACUGAGCAACGCAUACCACAAGAUCAAUGUUAAACUUAAACGUUAGGCGCAUAAUGACGGCUUUUGACUAGCAGCUUUGUUACCGGUUCGAUCCCUGCACAAUACACAUUUAUGUUUAUAUUUUUUUAUAUUUAAUUCUUUAUUACACCAUAAACAAAAAUAUACAAUGACAAUUGAAUAAUUCAAGUGAAAUACAGUAACAUAAAUACAGAUUGAAAUAUACGCAUAAAGGUACCAAAGGCGGUCUUAUCGCUAGAGCGAUUUCUUACAGACAACCUUUAGUUAAAGGAGAACAGAUAGAAGUGGGCAGGUGGCGCAAGAGUGAAUUGAUAAUUUUCGUGCAUAAAAUACAAAAACCUAUAAUGCACUAAAAUAUCAAAUACAUAUAAUUUAUUAAACUACUUACUAUAAAUAUAUAUUUGUAUUCAUAAGUACAUCUGUUUAUAAUGGUUUGGGUGUUUUCUAUGCAAAAUGUGUAUGUCUUAUAAAAAAGAAAGUAUCUGUCACUUGUCUAGUAUCCAUAGUGCAGUCUACUUUCUUUGAAACUAGAUGGCGUCGUGCGAUAUGUCCAGUGAUAUUUAUCUCUUUUAUACUGAGUUUAUUUGAAAAGAAAAAGAAAAAAAUAUUACACGAAUAUAUAUGUAAUAUAAUAACUUUAUUUUAUAACCAAAUUAGUAAAAAAUCACUGAAUUUGUAAACAAUAAGUACAUAGUUUGUAUUUUUUUAAUGGAUGACAAUGAAGUUGUAACCCCGCCUGCUCUAACGGUCUAAGAACAAGGAAAAACAUAGAAGGAAUGAUAAAAUAAAACCUUCAAAUCAUAUGGUGGCUUCCUCUCUUAUGUAAAUACAAUUAGUAAAGAGAGGACGAAAGAUACACCAUCAGUUGUCAUUCUUCUCAAUUCACAGUAGGCUAGUGUAUAGAAAAUGUUUGAUAUGUCAAUUAUUUGUCAAUGACAAAUUUUACAUUACUAGAUUAUAUAUUCGACACAGUUUAUGUAGAAAGUAUGCAAGCAGGUUGUAUCUCAAUUUGGUAGGGUUAUAUGGCCGUAUAACAUUUUCAUACAUUAGCCUACUAGAAUUGACAAAAAUAGCAACAGAUGGUGUAUCUUUCGUCCUCUUUUUACUAAUUAUAUUUGGAUAAGAAGAAAGAAGGCAACCAUAUAAUUUACAGUUUUUAUUUUAUUAUUCCUUCUAUGUAAUUCCUUGUUCUUAGCUAACGGUAUACGCUAGUAAGGCACCAGUGAGGGAUAAUAGGUGAGAAUGAAAAGGCAGGUCAGUUAGCCCAUCAUGAUGAAUACACCUGGAAUUCAACACGACGGUUUUCAGAAGGGACCAGUUUGUUUUAUUGACACGACUACGGACUGUUAACAUGGAUGUAUUUUGCAAAGACUUCCUUGUAUAUAAUAUUGUUUACUAAUCUAGUCGAAAAGUAAGUUAUUGAAGUCGCUGGCGGAAGACCAAAAAAAACUAUAAAAUAAUAUGUCUUCAGAUCGAUGUGUGAUCCGUAAGUGAAGUUAUAUAAAAUCAAACAUAAAGGAAAUGGGUAUUUUUGCUGCGGGAAUUGAAAUGCUGACUCGACGCAGGUGUCUUUCUCGGUAGCGCACCUUCUUGCGUCGUGCUAGGUGGUACGAUCCGAUCGACGUUGAGGGUGUGUCGUAAUACUUAAUAGGUAUCUACUAUAACAAGUACAUAAAUAUUAUUUGGCAUUCCAAUAUUGUAAUGAGAAAAAAAAGUUGAAAAUAUACUAUAUUGAAAUUUUAACUGAACUAAUAUUUUGAUUAAUAUUUUUAAAUUU